AUGAAUGUCCUCUUCAACAGCGCUCUCAAGCAGUCUACAUCUUUGCGCAAAGACCUCGACACUUUCGCUCAAUCGCCUCAGACUGCAAGUGCAGCCUUGCAGGGUCAGAUCUCGACCUCGUUGCAGAACCUGUCCCGUACCCUUACAGACUACGAGAACCUUUCACGAAAUGAGUUGAACCCAGAGAAGAAAGAAAAGGCAGGAGAACGUCUAAAGAACUUUCGAGGAGAUCUGGCGAGCUAUAGAGCUCAAUUUGACGAACUCAAAAAGGAACGCGAGACUGCUGUCCAUGUCGACAACCGCAACGAGCUGCUUGGUCAUAGACGUCCAUACGCUGCGAGCGGAACCUCGGGUGGAGGAGUCACUCCAGAAAACCCUUAUGCUCACGCCUCCAGCAAUACCUCGAGCGCAUUUGCUCCAGCUCAUAAAAACACAAACGACGGUCUCAGCUUCGGUGCAGGAGCUGACAACUACACUAGAGAAGACCAUGCCCUGCGCGAACAGAACUUCUUCUCUCAGGCCAACUCGCAGAUUGACGAGUUUCUCGACCGUGGGCGAGCUGUGCUAGGCGACUUGGGCCAGCAGAAAGAGGUACUGAAAGGGACGCAACGGAAGCUCUACAGUGUUGCCAAUACCCUCGGUGUGAGUGGGGAUACCAUCAGAAUGGUCGAACGACGUGCAAAGCAGGACAAGUGGAUCUUUUGGGCUGGUGCUAUCAUCUUCUUUCUAUUCUGCUUCUUGCUCAUCUAUUAUUUCAAAGGCUGA